UUUUUCCUUGCAGGUUGCAGCCCAAUAGCCCAUAUAAUGCUGUCAUCGGCAGAAGCCCCUGCAAAAUCAUUGUUUGUUCGUUUUGCUGGAAGUUCUGGUUCUGGACUGGAGAAGAGGAAGCAUGUCUAAGUCUUGCAAGGGCCUGGCGAUGGAACUGGUAAAAUGUCUGAGCGAAACCGAUUGUGUUAAGGUUGAGAAGAGAUCAUAUAGAGAAUGUGCUGGAGAGAAGGCUCCAUCCAUUUCAAGUGAAUGUGUGGGUCUAAGGGAGACAUAUUUCAAUUGCAAGAGAGGCCAGGUUGACAUGAGAGCUCGGAUUCGCGGGAACAAGGGCUACUAGUUGAUAUGAGUUUGCCAAAUAUGCCUUGACCUUGUAUAGUUCACUUGUGAUGUACCACAGGAGUGAGAAAUUCUAAACUCUUGCUUGUAUUACUGAAACCAUAUACAACCAAUUUCAUUUUAUUCUUGCUCGCACUAGAUGCCUACUUGAAAUUGAUGUUUCACUGGUAAAUAAUCAAGGGAAGCUAUUUCUUCCCGACUGUUGUGAAGAAUGUUACAUUUUUUGUCAA